GGGGCGGGGCCGGCGGCUUGCGCAGGCGCGGUCUCGCAGCGGCGCAGCGAAGAUGGCGGCCUCCGGGUGGGCGCGCGCCGCCGUGGUCCUGCUCUGUGCCUUUGAUCUGCUCCUGCUGCUGCUGCCGCUGCCGCCCCCAGUCCGCGCGGCCGAGGGUCCGGCCGGAACGCCCAGCGAAGCUGCCCCGCCUACCCCGAAGAAGAAGAAGGAUAUUCGCGAUUACAAUGAUGCGGACAUGGCGCGUCUUCUGGAACAGUGGGAGAAAGACGAUGAAAUAGAAGAAGGCGAUCUCCCCGAGCACAAAAGGCCCUCGGCACCUAUCGACUUCUCGCAGAUAGAUCCGGGCAAGCCUGAGAGCAUACUGAAAAUGACCAAGAAAGGGAAGACUCUCAUGAUGUUUGUUACCGUAUCAGGAAGCCCCACGGAGAAGGAGACGGAGGAAAUCACCAGCCUCUGGCAGGGCAGCCUUUUCAAUGCCAACUACGACGUCCAGAGGUUCAUCGUGGGCUCAGACCGCGCCAUCUUCAUGCUUCGUGACGGGAGUUACGCCUGGGAGAUCAAGGACUUUUUGGUCGGCCAAGACCGGUGUGCCGAUGUAACUCUGGAGGGACAGGUGUACCCGGGCAAAGGAGGAGGAAGCAAAGAGAAAAACAAAACAAAGCAGGAAAAGGGCAAGAAGAAGAAGGAGGGAAACCCGAAACCUCGGGCUUCAAAGGAGGACAAUCGAGCUGGGAGUCCACGAGAAGACCUGUAACGGGGCAGCCGUGGCCUCUACGGGGACACGCAGGACAGGGCUCAGCCAGCGCUCGCGGGGUGGGGCGGGCGUGGGGACCGCACCGCAGAUGGAAUUCUGGUUCCUUCUAGGGCGGGUCUGCCCCAUGACCAGUCCGUGGUCAGUGUAAGAAUCACUGUUGAAAAGGCUUCAAGUGAGGAGACAGAUUUUGUAAUUCACAUUGGACACUGACAGGUUCAGGUUUACUAAAAUGUCACUUUCAAUGGAAACCUGACUGUGUUGCUUUUCCCAUUCACAUUUGGGGGAGUCCUUGACUCUGCUGUGGCACUGCCCCUUCUUUGCACCUGCUCUGAUCUGGUGUCCUGCAGUGUCCGUGCUUUUUAUUUUUUUAAUUUUCUGUUAACUGGAAGGAUACCAGGUUCUAAUCAGACAAACUUUAAGGUUCUUCGUGCCACAAACAUCAUUUUCAUUAGUGUGAAAUGCAAACGUGCUGUGGGACCACGCACGGAGCUCUGGUACUUUAAAAUGCAGUCAGGACGCCAGGACUGUAAACCCCACAUCCGUGCCGAAAACGCAGAGGACAGUGUGACUUGGAAAGCUAAGUGUUUCCUUUGAAUUUCUUGGACUUGAAUCCUCAUCAUCUACUGAGAACUCUUGGCAUCUGUCAGGUGUGAGGGGUCCCGUUCUGUGUCAUUCAGGAAACCACUGCUGGUGUCAAGGGUUCCAUCCAGUGUGACACGUUAAAGGGUGUCCCUCGGGACUCAGCCGAGUGUGGCAGAGGCUCGAUCACCUCGUUCAUUUCUAACAUGUGUCUUGGAUAAAGUGCCUAAAUUUGUGGUGUCUUCA